UCCGCACCGCAAAGUGCUACCUUUACCUUUAGGUACGUGGAGAGCAAACAUAUUCUGUGUGUGUAGUUGUACAGCCGGCCAGCUCGCCUCGCUUAACAUCGACAAAACGAACGCAUGCCUCGCCUCGCCGGGGCGGUACAGUACUGCAGCGGCCACCGAUAAGGAUCGCGGAAAUGACACCAAGCGCUGACCCGGGCUGCAACAUUUUUUUCCCUCGCGAACCCUCACUUCUCCUGAACCCAUUCCGGGCUACAGCAAUGCUUUGCCGCUGCACUGUCGACACCUUGAGACUUUUUAUUAGAAGUAUAGCCCAGGUGGACCUUUCUGCAUCCAAGACAUUCGGCCCUUCUUCACCGUUGUUGAUUCGAAGCUGCAACCCUGCCGCAAGUACCAGAGAUCGAUAUCUUCCUCGCCGAGCGUAUGCUACUACUCCCUUCUCGGACAGCAAAGGAUCAAUCAAUGGAUUGACAGAUGUAAAGUCGGCCUCGGGGUCGCCAAGAUGGUUGGAAGGGCACUUGCAGAGCAAACCCGAUGCUGACAGCGCCGUUGUCGAACUCUCCCCAGAAGCGGUAGAUGCCAUUGCAGCAGAUCUGGCGCCCCAAGAGCCCUCCCAGCACCACGAGACUCCUUCUAGGGAGUAUGAAACUCCGUUGAAGUCUUUGUUGAAGGAUCUUCCCAUGAAGCAGCCUAAGCCGCCCGUGGACCCAGUAUCAAGGAUCACAGGUAGGAGGACAAAGGUUGCAAACAACUCUUUUGCGCUCCACUUCAGCAAGCCUCGAAGAACAGACUCAAAUUCCAAAACUGGGGGAUCAGCGUCAAGGCCUACAAGUCGAGAUGAAUGGACGCCUCCUGAACGCGAGCACUGGCAGAUUGACAAAGAAGCUCUGUCGAAGAAAUUCCCUGAUGGGUGGAACCCGCGAAAACGUCUUUCUCCCGAUGCUAUUACUGGCAUCCGAGCUCUUCAUGCUCAGAUGCCCGAACGAUACGAUACACAAACUUUGUCACAAGAAUUCGGAGUCACUGCUGAAGCAAUCCGGAGAAUAUUGAAGUCUAAGUGGAGUCCGUCUCCCGAGGAAGAAACAGACCGACAAAGACGUUGGCUUAAAAGGGGCCAACAGGUCUGGAGCAGAUAUGCAGAGCUAGGGGUGAAGCCACCAAAGCUGUGGAGAGAGCUGGGCAUUGGGCAGGGGAAACCAGACUGGAUGAAGAGGAAGCAGGAAUGGACGAAGAAACAGCAACAGCCUCGGGACCCACCCGUGCUGAUUACGACUGCCAGGCGCAGGGAGGCAAACGGCAACAGCGCUGCGAGUCUCGCUGCAAAGAGCUCCAGUCUUGCGGAUAGGAUACUGUGAAGGGUGGUUUGAUGGUUUCAUGAAACCGGCAUUUUGUAUGAUAGACCGGGGGCUCAAUUUGUUGGAUUUUGGCAGGAUUGACAUGAAGAUAUCAGUGGAUUUGCAUUGAAUUUGAAGCUCAAAUGCUCCAAUGGCAACGCUUUACCGAGAACAAGUUUCGACCGUUCAUGCUGAGUGCGCCAUGCAUAUUGGGAAAUUGAUCAGAGCAAGCCCCUGCUGCCGCCACAAGAACGAAAAUCAGGGGCAAGACCUAUUUCCAUGGCUCCUGGGUGUCGGGGUGACUUGGAGCAGGAUGUGAUGGGAUGUGAUGUGAUGUGAUGUAUGUGCCGCCUCGCUGGACCGGACCUGCAGCCAAAAUUGUGAAGCUGUUCGGAGACUGG